CACUGGGUGAUUUUUGUGGAAGUUUCAGACGCGAAGCGAAUAUCUAAACAGCCGCGACGGUAAGGGCGAAGAGGUGAAGCUUUCUUCUCCACAUCAUGUCCUCUCGUAAGAAGGUGCUGCUCAAAGUGAUCAUCCUAGGGGAUUCUGGAGUUGGGAAGACCUCUCUGAUGAACCAGUAUGUGAAUAAUAAGUUCAGCAAUCAGUACAAGGCCACAAUCGGAGCCGACUUCCUGACUAAGGAGGUGAUGGUGGACGACAGACUGGUCACCAUGCAGAUCUGGGACACGGCGGGACAGGAGCGCUUUCAGUCUCUGGGUGUGGCGUUUUACAGGGGGGCGGACUGCUGCGUGCUGGUGUACGACGUCACAGCGCCAACUUCAUUCAAGACUAUGGACAGCUGGAGGGACGAGUUUCUCAUUCAGGCCAGUCCUCGUGACCCGGAGAACUUCCCCUUUGUUGUGCUGGGCAACAAAAUCGACCUGGAGAACCGGCAGGUAACGACAAAGCGAGCCCAAGCGUGGUGUCAGAGUAAGAACAACAUCCCUUAUUUCGAGACCAGUGCCAAAGAAGCCAUUAACGUGGACCAGGCCUUCCAAACUAUCGCUCGCAAUGCUCUCAAACAGGAGACGGUGGAGACGUAUGACUUCCCUGACCAGAUUAAACUCAGAGACGACAGACCUGUGUCUAGCAGUGAUGGCUGCAGCUGCUGAAGGAAAGACCAAACUGGGGACGGGAAGAGAAGAGAAAGAGCCAGCAUGGGAAAGGGAGAGAUCCAGGCCUGUUAUUCUAGCAUCCAUCCUCCCCUUUUCCUCCUUUGAAACCUCCAGGGUAUCAACUGCCACAAGUGAAAGCUGAACAUCCAUUUUCUCACUGAACUCCAAGUAAGCGUGUGGUAUGAUAAACUGUGGAGGAACAGGAAGACCAGUGUGUCGUGUAUCUUCUGACAUGAGUCCUUCUAUCACUACAGCUGUCGCUACUCCUGCUGUCUGAGCAAUAUGAUUUUCUUUUCUCAGAAAUGAUUCUUUGGUCUGCUAGUUCGUUGUGCCUUUUUAAUUCUUACUAUUGGUUAUUGAUAUCAAUGUUUCACUCCUAUGCUGAAUGAAUAUUCAUAAAAAAUAAAAAAGACAUUACAUAUGUAAUAGGGCUGGGAAAAUAUAAUAAUAUUAAUAAAAUGUUUUACCUGCCAUUUAAAAUCAACCAUUUGUUUACACCUUUUUUUUACACCAUAGCUUCUCAGUAAAAAAAAAACAAAAUGCUUAAAUAAGUUAUGAGUUCUUCAUGAAAGUCCACGUUUCACAUAAUUUCAAAUGUUUUAACAUUUAAAAAGGUUUUACCUGUGUCUAUGUAGGAAAAAGGUGUGGAAAAUAUGCCUUGAAUUUUUUUUAAACUAGAUUUUACUGUAUUUUUUACUUCAGACAUUUAAAAUCCACUUCACAAAAUUGCUGUUUGUUUGAAAUGAGUCCUCUAACUAAAUACAUUAGGGCAAAUGACUUAUGUCAAAAGAUGAAAAUAACAAUAAUAUAGGAUUUCUUCACUAGACUCCCAGCCCUACUAUGUAACAUGUCAUGAAAAAAAAAAAUAAUAAAAAAAAUAAAAGAAUAUGGAUGUGGUAACAGUGCAUUACCUUGAACACACAGGUACUUUUUUAAGCCCCUUAAUUGUCUCUGUAACAUAUUUCACUCACACCAUUUAUAAUGUUUUACAGAACAUGUAUGUUUUUGCACACAUAGCUGUUGUUGAGCAUGUCAGUGUGUUUUUCAUGAAGAGGUUGUGUAUUAAGUAAUCAGGUUAGAAGCACACUAAUGGUGUUACGUCAUGCUUAACUCAGUGUUUUGAUUUGCCUUUGGUCAUUUACAUAAUAUGCUUGUAUUCAUUAAUAUAUAUCUAUACUCAACCCAAGAGCUCCUUAAUUUUACAUGCCAAAAUGCAAAAUGGAAAUAAAAUGUAGGCAUCAUUUUUAUUUUGGCCAAAUGUAAGAAUGACACCAAAACCAACAAAAUAAAGAUAAAUUUACAACCAA